CUACGACUGUAUGUCCGACGUGCCGCCACCCCCACCCACCGAAGACGCCGCCCCACCGCCGCCGCCGCCGCCGCCGCCGCCGCCCAUGGAAGAGAUGUUCGGGCCGCCUCUUGAUGCGCCGCCGCCGCCUCCUGAUGUGGCCGACGCGGCGGAGGGGGUGGUGCCGCCGCCCGACCUCAGCGACGCGGAGGGCGCGAUGCUGUGGGCGGUGCUGGAGGUGGCUAACGAGGCGCUGAUGGAGAGCGACCCGAACCUGCAGGUCACCGAAGGCGGCGUCAAGGACAUCCAGGCGGAUGUGCUCGAAAAGGUCUUCGGCGUGAUGGAGAAGCAGGGCCGGACAGAGCUGGUCGAGGAGGACCGGGCGUACAUCCACAGGCGAGUGAGCGCGCUCGUCGCAAAAGCCCUCGCCACCGGCCGCCGCUUCGCAAAGCUCGACCGUAUCGUCUGCAACGUCGGCGGCGCGCGCGGCUGGGUGCCGGGCACAGUGCAGGCGCUCAACGAGGACGACCCGUCGGACCCGACGGGACUGCGCCCGCUGCCGUACGUGGUCAAGAUCGACCCGCCCGAGAGCCGCCUCGUCUCCGUGCCCAAGGACACCAACGAGUGCGCCCGCGCCGAGGUCUGCUUUGGCACGCGAGAGGACGGGCUCUGGUUCACGCGGAUGUGCCUGCCAAAGGCUGUGAAGCGGGGCUCGCAGCGGUCGGGGCGCCGCUUCGGCAAAGGCGACCGCGUCGCGUGCGCCGUCGAAGACGAGAGCGGCGACUUUUCGGACUGGGCUGCGGGCGAGGUGGUUGAGGUGGACCAUGCCGUCGCGGAGGACUGGCGAGGGGACGUUCUCAUGGCGGGAGGAUUGGCGCCUUACCGGGUGCUCCUCGACAGCGGCGCGACUGUGCUGGUGCACGCCGACGAGCACUGGCUGGUGAGGGACCUGACGCUGCAGCCGGCGGGGCCUCGAGUCGCCGCAGACGGCACGCGCUGCCUGAAGCGGAUGGGCAAGCGGCGGGCCGGAGACGGGUGGGAGAGCUUCGACCACACGACGCGCAAGGUGCGCAAGCUGGCGGACGGCUCUUCAGACGACGACGACUGAGCCAUCGGGCUGCGCGCGAGCGCGCCCGCCGGCCGCGAAUCUAGAUGUACCUUCGUAGGUCGGGACAGUUGGAGAGGGGUGGAUGCGAUCGGUAGCGUCAGGAUUGUCCGACAUGACGAAAACGUAUUAUCGU